GCGCGAGGAACCCGGAUGUGGUGGGCAGAAGCGCUUCCGGCCAGGCCUGAGCGGAAAUGGCGGCGGCGGCGGCUGUAGUUCGGCUUUUUGCCUUGUCCAGGGACAGUAUUCUAUCUCCCUGCGUGAGUAGUUCAUUGUCAAGACGGUUUUAUCGAGGAGACAGCCCUGCAGACUCUCAAAAAGAUAUGAUUGAAAUCUCCUUACCCCCAUGGGAAGAGCGAACAGACGAACCCAUUGAAACUAAGAGGGCUCGCCUGCUUUAUGAGAGCAGGAAGCGGGGCAUGCUGGAGAACUGCAUCCUCCUCAGUCUCUUUGCCAAGGAGAAUCUGCACCAGAUGACGGAGAGGCAGCUGAACCUCUAUGACCGCCUGAUCAAUGAGCCCAGCAAUGAUUGGGAUAUCUUCUACUGGGCAACAGAAGCAAAGCCAGCCCCUGAGAUCUUCGAAAAUGAUGUCAUGUGGAUGCUGAGAGACUUUACCAAAAACAAGAAUAGAGAGCAGAGGUUGCGGGCCCCGGAUCUCGAGUACCUCUUUGAGAAACCGACCUGACUUAUGUUCCGGCCUUGCCCGGCACAGGGCAGGACCCUAGAAGGACAAGCAUCAGGCCCUGGUCCUGACUGCCAAUACUCUGCUGCUGCUCGCCACCGUGCCCGACUGCAGAAGGCCCCAUUUCCCAGAGCAUGUCGCUCGCAUCACUUGUAAUAAAAGGACUCCUUGUGUCCGCUUGCACAGCC